AAUUCUACCAAAACAACAUCUCAGUUUGCUUUUCCCUUCAGUUUCACUUUCUUGUUCUCGGCAUAGAACUCCCUUUGCACUUUUAAGUUUCGUUUUCUCCCAAGUCAAUGCUAGGCGGUACUCAAUAAGACUCUGUCAUCCUGGGGGUGAUCAGUCAUUCUAGGAGGCUGUUUCUCAGCUGUGCUCAUCAGCUGUUACUGUUGUGUUUCUGCUUAAGCCAGCAGCACAACUGUCACCGGAAGGAUGGACAUAGCAGAGUGGAAACGUGUCUUUGAGAACAAGGCAACAAAGAUGCAACAACAGGACCCUUGGCAAUUGAUGUUUGAUGAAAAUAUAUUUCCCAACCGUCCAAACAUGGGCUGGAAGCAGUGCAUUGGAAACACAUGUGCAACGUUCAGAUGCUCCAGCUGUGGGAGAGGCUGGAGUUCCAACCGGGUGAUGGUGGUCUUUCACAUGCAGCUGAGAAAUGCUAAGGGCACCAUCAAGAUCAGACCCCUCCACCAGCAGUGCAAGAACUGCAGUGACGGACCAAUGGAGAAGCCCUGCAUUGAGUCCAGCAGCAUCUACGUCCUCAUGCAAAAUCUGGUUGAAAAAAUAAGAAUAAAAUGCUACAAUGAACGCAUCGAGCUAAAGAAGAGGCACUUCAAAAGCUAUGAUGGCAACAGUCCCCAUGAGCCUGCUCACUGUCAGGGCUGUCAGCUCAAAAUCUUAUCUUCUCCUCUAUACAAUUUUACCAUGAUAACUGCUGACACUAAAAGGAUGAAUCCAAAGGAAUGGGAAAGCAUCUUUCAGACAAAAGUAGGGAUACUUAAUCCGACACAUGUUUGGUGUUUGAUGUUUGAUGACAGUAUCACCCCAAAAGCACCAAAGAUGGGCUGGAGUGAGUAUAUCAGGAACACAAGUGCAAGGUUCACUUGCUCUAAGUGUGGGAGAAGUUGGCCCUCAAACCGUGUGAUGGUGAUCUUCCACAUGCGUCUCUUGAAUGGAGAGGGAACUGUCAAAGUGAGGCUGAUUCGUCAGAACUGCAAGAGGUGCAGCAAUGCUCCAAUGGAAAAGCCAAGACAUGAAAGUGACAACAUAAACGUCCUGAUGGAGAAGCUGAUGGAUAAAAUAAGAAUUAAGUGCUACCAUGAAGACCUUGGUGAAACAAACCGCCCCUUCAUACAACUUGAUGUCAAAAGCCCCCAUGAGCCAGAUCAUUGUGAGGGCUGUAAGUUAGGAAUCUGUCAAAGGGAAUGAAAAUAUAAACAUAUAAUAACAUCCAUUGAGUUAUACAUAUAUAAUGCAGUAUGUAUAAUGCAUAAUAUAGCAUUUUCAUGGAUGCUUUAUGGUAAUAAAUGUGCUGAUUUAAUGGGUAAAGCAAUAAAAAUGAAUAUAACUGGGAUAGAAGUUGAUAUUUAUUACGUCAAGACACUAGAUAGGUGUGAAAAAUGUCUGAAUAUAAAGCUAUAUAUCUAUAAUGCUUAAAGUGAAAGGCUGGGUUUUAGACAUUUAGUUAGUAAAGAUGUUGCAAAUAGGCUGAUUGACUAAAUCUUCUUCUUCAAAAGCUGUCAUGUUGCCCCACCAAAGAUGUGCAAAAGAAUCAGAUUCUGUCAAUAAAAAACAUAUUUAACCCUAA